AACUAGAAGUGUCAAAGUGUUGCACACAAAAGAAAAUUUUUGCUAGUGUCCUGAAAAACGUGAAAAUUCACCAUUUCUGCUGUGGAUUUCCCCAGGAAAGCCUUCCGUGAGGAUGAAAGAGUACCUCAGGCUUCUGCCCUUGGCGCUUCUAUUGCACUUGGGCUCGUGUCUGGACUUCACUCAGACUGUCUUUGGCUCCGCCACUGAUGGAGUCCCAGCAGCCUUUGGGGACUUCAAUUCAGACGAACUCACAGACAUGUUCAUGCUGCGCGAUGACUUCCGGACGGUGCAGAUCUUCCUGGGCUCGGACACUGAGCCACUGCUGAAGGAGGGACCCAAGUGCACGUUCAAGAACCUGAAGAUCUCGAGUGUGGUUCCGGGGGAUUUCGACGGGGACGCCUUCAUGGACGUCCUGAUCACUGUGAAGGGAUCCGACGGCAAUUUGGGCGUGUUCGUCAACUGGGGCGGAUCGUCUUACAUGAACUGCACAGACGAGGAGGAGAAGCUGCUGGACAUUCACGGAGAACCGAUGGUGCUGGACUUCAAUGAUGACAUGGUGAUGGAUUUGUUCGGACUGGAGAGCACGACGGACAAGAGAACGUUCUGGCUGUUCAAGAAGGACCGCUCGACGCCAGAAAUGCGCCAAAUGCCAAUGCAUCACAAGGCUGGACUACGAUUGCCACACUCCCACGCGUUCAUUGACCUGAAUCACGACUUCACGGCGGAUCUGUUCAUCACGGCAGAGCGCAAUUUUGAAGUGUGGAACGGCACUGAUCGCCACGAUGGCUUCAUGUACAGUCACACCAUCGAUCUGCCCACAGGAUUGAAUGAGCACGUGGGCCAGGCGCUCUUCCUGGACGCCGAGCUGAAGGGCAACAUAAAUCUGGUGCUGCCCAUUUGCUUCGACCGCAAGUGCAGCAAUUCCACCAUUCUCGUGCACAACGGCCACCAAUUCCACGAUCUGGAGGUGAACUUCAAGGAUCCGGACAACAAGCAGUGGGGCUUCGUCGUGCCGGACGAUCAGCUCUUCACCAAUGCCAUCACGCUGCGCGGCGGAGACUUCAACAUGGACGGCUAUCCAGAUCUACUGGCCACUCUGCAGCAGCAUCCGGGCGACGCCAUCCAGACGUUCCUGCUGGAGAAUGUACCGUCGGAGCGCAAGAAUAGCCCAAUUUCGCGUACCUUCGUCGUACGCUGGAAGGCUCUGGCGCCCUUCGCCAAUGGCACAGUUGCCGGCGCCUUCUAUGACUUCUACCAGGACGGCAUCCUGGACGUGGUGCUUGUGGAGAAGUCCGGCAGUCAGUACAGGACGAAGGCCUUCCGCAACUCCCUCGACUACGACGCCAAUUUCGUCAAGGUGAUCGUCCUCACGGGCCUGGUGAACAAGGAAGUUCCCACCACCAAAACACCCCUCGGCAGGACGAAGAAGACUUACGGCACCAAUUUGCCAGGUCCUCGCAUUGCGUACUACACCAUCACGCAGGAUGGCUAUCCGCAGGAAGGAACGUCCGCGCAGAUUCCGCAAUCCGCUUACUUCGCCCUGCAUCUGCCCUACACCAUCUUUGGCCUGGGCAGGACGCCCAACUUCGUGGACUCCAUCACCGUGGGCCUCUCCAAUCAGUCCAAAACCUGGACGCAACUCAUCCCCAACUCCCAGGUCAUCGUGGUGCCAUGGCCCAUCAAGGAGCCGUGGCGCUGGAAGGCGCAGCUCUUCGUCACGCCCAGCAAACUCAUCCUCAUGAGCAUGGUGGCGCUGGGCGGUACAUGCCUGGUGAUCAUGCUCAUCAUCCUGGGCCUGUACAUCAAGGAGAAGCGCGAGGAUAAGCUGGAGAAGCUACAGGAGGCGCACAGAUUCCACUUUGACGCCAUGUAGAUGUGAAGAAGAGCGUGCGAUUUUCAAAUUAUUGUGAUGCCUAGAAACACCCUCCUAGCCUCCAUUUUUUCUUGUCUCUGUGUAAAAUACCCACUAAUUUAAUGAAUUUAAUCAAAACGCUGUAAUAUAGAACCUUAUUUAUAAAU